UCCCCCCCGCCCCCCCCGGUAACCUAGGUACAUACCUACUUCGAACCCCCGUGAUAUCUUAUAUCAUUCGUUGCUGGAGCCUCCUUCUGAACAUGAAAUCUCAUCUCUCCGCAUUCUCCCCAUUCGUUCCUCCAUAAUAUCACCGAGUGCCUAUCGAGCCUACCUACCAGCGCUUCAAGAAGUUAUCGACCCCCUGAAACCUCCUUAGGCUGGCUUCUGUUGCCGGUUCUGCUCCUCUUCAAGCCCAACAACCCCUCGAUCCGGAUUGCCGGAGAUACAAUAUCUCACGUGCUUUGCUCUACUGUCUCGUCUCCUCAUAUUACGGCACGUCAAGCAAGGAAGCUCCACACCUGUCCAGCCUUAUCCAGCUCUCGCGAUGGCCCUUCUCGGCAGUGGACCCGUCAUCAGUGCGGCUAUUGCGCCCUGUAUCCCGGGCUCUAAUGUCAUUAAACCCGCUCACGCACAAAUUCCGGCACUCCCUUCCUACUUUCCUACCAGGUUGGAUGCCGAGCUGGCUUGGACCCAUGCCGACUUUCCCAACGAGUCCUCGUACAUAUACGAGUUAACUGGAACUGACCUGGAGGAGAUUAACAAGGGCCUCAUCGACUUCAAGGCACUGGGAAUGGACGGGGAUCUUGUAAACCCAGAGAACUUCCCCCUUCCACUCCUGGGUCCCAAGCUUGACUGGCUGAGCCGAGAGGUGCAUCAUGGAAAGGGUUUCUGCGUCGUCCGAGGCGUUGAUCCUGGGCUUUACUCCGUCGAGGAUCUCACGCUCGUGUAUCUGGGCAUCCAGUCAUACAUCGCCGACCAGCGUGGCCGUCAGGAUAGGAGAGGUAAUAUGUUAGUUCACAUCAUUGCCGACAACAGCACCAAGGAGAGGGUCGAGCACCACCGUCACUCUACUAAGUCCAUUACGUUCCACAACGAGGAGUCCGGUGAUAUCGUCAGCUGGCUCACCCGGAGUACUGCCGCUAGCGGGGGGAAAUGCAUCAUUGCGUCCUGCUACGCCAUUUACAACAUCUUAGCAGCUAGACGGCCAGACAUUAUCCGCACCCUGGCAAGAUCUGACUGGCCAUUUGCUCUGCCGCGAUUCCAGUGUCGGCCCAUCAUCUUCCUUCAGGAUUCGAGGCUCAUCAUGAACUUUGGCCGCGCCGCUCUCCUGGGCAGUGCAGUCCACCCGCGCCCACCACACCUCCCCCCAUUGACGGCUCGCCAGAUGGAGGCCCUUGCGGCCAUUGAAACCAUCGCACAAGCGACUCAGAUGGAAAUACAGACCCGUGCCGGCGACAUGCACUUCGUCAACAACUUGGCCGUCCUUCACCGCCGCGAGGCAUUCGUCGACGGCGAGGCCCUGACCGAGAAACGCCACCUCGUCCGCAUGAGACUCCGGAGCUCCCAGUACGGCUGGGAGAUACCCGAGGCUCUUCGGCGCGGUUGGCACGACGCCUUCGAUAAGGAGGCAGAGAGGGUGUGGCAUCUGGAGCCGAUGCCCGAUGCCUACUUCCCUCUACGCAAGUAUCCUAACUAGAGGCAGUACCACAAAGAAACCCCGGCAAAUGGAAACGGCCGUAUAGGCGUCUCGGGGACAUUUUAGAAAGGGGGGGACCAGUUGGGCUGGUGACGUUUCAGGAUGGCGUCCGGAAACAGGGGGGUUGGAUAUCAAAACCGGGUUCUUUUGCAUAAGGGGGGUGGGGGGCGGGUCUGAACCUGAAAAGCAAAGAGUGCGCGAGAGGGACAAAAGAAAAGGCAAGAAAAAAGGAGCAAAAAGAAGGGGGAAAUGACUGGAGCGGGCCGCGGCGUCACAGUGUAGUAUUCGACUUUCCUCUACAAUGACAAGCAGAAAUCAACCGACCGUGUUGGUUGGGGAGACCUGCCUUGUUGGUCGAGAGACACUGUGGCUGC